AACGUUACCUACGAUUGCGAAUAUAAAAAGAGAGCCAAAGAGAAGCUUGCAGAAAGAGUUGCAGAAGACCAUCUAAGAAGCAAACACAAAGAAGAUGACCUCUACAAGAGGGUCAAUUGUGGUGCUGAUUGCGAAGAAGAAAAGAAGACUCUUGCUCAGAAUCUUUCUGCGAGAUGGAUAGCGAAGAACAAAGUAGGUGAAAAAUUGCUUUUGCUUGUUUGCUGCCUUUAA